AUGCUGGAAAUGGAAACCUGCAGAAUAUGCUUAGAAAGUGAGUUGCCUUGCAAAAUGAUAUCACCAUGUAAUUGCAAAGGAACACAAAGGUAUGUGCAUCAGAAAUGCCUUCAGCUUUGGGAUUUAAAUCAUCAGAACAGCAUUAAGAAGUGUGAAAUUUGUAAAUGCGAGUACAAAAAGUCCCACCGUUUUCUAGGUGUUUUGAAGUUCUUAAGCAACCUUUUAUUUAGCAAAGAAACCCUAAAAAUUGCAGGAGUUGUGAUUUAUUGCAUGAUGGUUUGAAUUUCUAUUAGCAGAAAAAAGCAAGAGGUUGAGCAUCUAAAAAGACAAAUUUUUAAUGUUCCUAAAAUCAAUGCCAACAGUUUUGUGUUAGGGAAAGUUCAUAUGCGUCUUUGAUGGCAUUUCUUAAUACUAUGGGGAGAAUAUUGCAAAAUCUUUUGGCUGAUUUACUACACGCUGACUCGGCCUUUCAAGUCAAUUAUAAGGAAAAGCUUUGCUCUUGAGUUUACUUCUAGAGAGCUUUAUGAGUUUAAAUAA